ACGAUUUUUUUCUUUUAAAAUGGAGCUUGGGUUGGAAGAUCUAUUUUCAGAACCUCCUCCUAAGAUUAGCACGACAAAUACUCAACAACCGGGAGGCAACAGACAUGACCGUAAAAGGCCUCAUUUGACUGAAGAGACGGAUUCCAAUGACAAAAUUAAAGAGAGAAAGCCUUCCAGUGGAAAUGGCAGUCUGAUUUAUAGUGUGCAGCCAGCUUUACAAGAUGACAGUAAUAUAAAUGCUUGUUGUAAAGAGAGCCCUGUAGAGGCAAAAAAGUAUUUUAUUCCAGACCUUGACAAAGCUUUGCAAAUUUGCAGAAUGGAAAAGAAGAAACUAUUUGAUCCAAAGACUGACGAGAAAAAAGAAAAGAAUCAUUUAACUGAAAAUAAACCUUAUUUUUUAUCUAGAAGUUAUAAUGAUGUUAUGGAUCAAUGCAAUUCUUUUGAAACAUCACACUCUGCAGUUGCAGAUGUUAAGCCAAAGAGUCAAGUCUUUACAGAAAAUUAUUUCAAUGAGGGCAAAGGCACUAAAUUUCUAAAUGAAAACAAAUCUAAUUGCAAGACUGAAAAUAACUUUAAUAAUAAAUAUGUUAAUGAUAUUAAUUUAGAAGAUAAGAAUAAAGGCACAAAGAAACUUUCCUGGAAGCGAAAAAUUCAUCGCAUGGUUGGUCCAAAAAUAAUUAAAAAGGCAGUUGAAAAAAAUGCAAGCAGUUUAGAGGACUUCUUUGAUGAGCCUAUUGAGCGACCACUUAUUUUAUCCCAAGAACUGUUAACAGAUGUACCUACAUUAUUGGCCAAAACAUUGUUGUCAAGAUCAAAAAUUCUAAAAAAGAAAGGAAAAAAGAAGAGGUAUAAAGAAAGGAAAAAGAAGAAAGAAGCAAAAAUGAAACAUUUAUCUUUAACUGAGUAUGAUAAUGGCAAAGAUAUUGUUCUUGGACCUCCUAAAUGUGACACCCCACAUAAAUGGCCUGUUCGCAGAAAAAGCAACACUCUUGAGAUGGAAGAGAAAGUACAUGCAAGCAUCCCAUUCCAUACUGAAGAAAGUUGUGUAGCAGAUAAGGGAGCUCAAGGCACAUUGAAAACAAAGACUGAAAAUAUUGAUUGGAAUUCUGACCAAAAACACGGAAAGCUGCCAAGGGAAAAUGUGAUGAAAAAGCCAACAGAAGUGGAAAACUCAUUGCUUGCUAUGGUAUCAAGGUCAGAAAUAGAUUUAUCUGUCUCAGAGACAAAAGAAGCAAGUGUUACUGCACGAUCUAAACGUGGUGGCCAGAAAAAGAAAAAAAGGGCGAAUAAAAAAUCAAAUUCUGGGAAUCAAUACAGAACAGAAUCAAAGCCAAAAGUACAGUGCAAGUAUUUCUUGGAUGGAAAAUGUCGGCAGGGAACAGAGUGCCAUUUUUUACACGAAGGAACCCCAAGACGAAGAGAACUUUGUCGGUAUUACGUAACAGACUCCUGUCUCGCCGAAAAGUGCAUUUUUAUGCACAGUGAAUUUCCUUGUAAAUUUUUCCACACUGGUUUCAAGUGCAACAAUGGCGACGCAUGUAAAUACUCACACGAAGCCCUCAAUGAAGAAACAGACCAUCUUUUAAAGCAGCUGCUGGAACGUGACAUUGCAAUAAAAAAAGAGGCAGAAAAUUUGCUUCCAGAAUCCUGCCUUGAAAACAAAUGCAAAUUUGUAGCUGUAACUACAGCCUCGUCUGCCAUUGAGACUGCAACCGCAACUACAAUCGCAACCGCAACUGUGGCCGCAGAAUUGUCACUCGGAGUCCCCCAAGAAACCAUUGAAAGCGAAACGCAACUGCCAAAUCUCUACGCAUCCUUGAUUUAGCUUUCCAGUAAAAUGUUACUGAUUGUGUUUCCUCUUUUAAGAGCUUGUAUGUGCUAUGUAUGUUAGAUUCAACUGUGUUGCAUGAUGGGCUAUUUGAAA